AUGAUGAAGCAACCCCUCAUUCCGAAAGAACUGGUCCUGUUUGAAGGAUCACAAAGUGACAACGACCCGUCCUUCCUUUGCCUUUACGAAAACAAGAUGGUCCAAGAAGAAUCUGCCCAAGCUGCCGCUGCUGCCUUUGUCAAACGGUUGCGAGAUUCGCCCACCACACCCAAAAUGGUCGUCUUUGACAAGGAUGGCACCUUGGGAGAUUGCACCGCGUCGCUGCGUCGAUGGGUACAUCACAUGACGGCCAAGGUGGAAAGCGUUCUGAAACACAAAAACUUGACAAAGCAAUUCCACACACAGAUUGGAUGGGAUGCCGCCCGGGACAAUGUCGUGCCAUCGGCUCCUGUCGCGGCCGGAACAUGGGAUGACAUUGUCGGAUUGGUUUACUCGUUCCUAAUGGAUCUUGAAAAUGAAUGGAACGUCACAAUCAUCACCAAGGAGCUGACGCUGCAAUGGCAUGAAGAACUGGGAGAUUUGCAUGGACAAGAUACUCCAUUGAUGGAUGAUUUGCCAGGCAUGAUGAGGGCGUGUCAAGAGUUGGGAUAUACUGUGGCCAUUUGCACUUCGGAUGAUCGAAAUGGCACUGACAAGGCUAUGAAAGGAUGGGGGAUUGACAAUGUUGUCCAGUUUUCCAUUUGUGGCAAUGAAGUGUCCCAAGGCAAGCCCAGUGCCGUGCCACUGCAAACCUUGUGUCAGCAGGUAUCGGCUGAAACAGCCACGACUAUUCUACCUCAGCACUGCAUUGUUGUGGGGGAUACAUCUUCGGAUACUGGCAUGGCACGAGCUGCAAAUGCUGGAUUCUGUGUCGGCGUCCUGACUGGGAGUGGGACUACCAGCCAACUCUUGGACACUGGAGCUCAUUUGAUUCUGCCUGAUGUGGGCCAUGUUCCGGAACUCUUGGAGACCUUUCAAAGGUUGGCAGACGAAGCACGACAGCAACAAGUGCACCAGUAG